CAUAGGAGAUACGUUGGUGACUUGGUGCACGUACAAGACACAGAAACAAUAUUUGCCCUAUCCGACGGCUCUGGAGGGCUGUGCAUAGAAGUCGAGGGAGUCAGGGACAUUUUUUUUUUACUAAAUCAUGGAAAUCAAAACAGAUUAUCAAUUUGUUGAAGGUCUUGACGUGACCCCAGAGGUGAGGAGGUCAUUUGAUGAGAAAGGUUAUGUUAUUGUCAGAUCGCUCCUUGGUGAUGAGGAGAUAAAGAAACUCCAUAAAGCUAUUGAACACAACAAGGGCAUCCUCAAACACCGUUACAGUGUCGGGGACGGCCACGGGCGUAAUCUUGGGCAUGUGAUUUGGAGUCAUCCCGGAAAUGACAUCACUGGUGUGAUUGCAAAGUCAGAGAAAGUCGGCGGGUUUAUGGGAAAACUCCUCGGAGGUGAAGUCUAUCACUACCAUAGUAAGAUGAUAAUGAAAUCUGCUAGAACAGGAGGACGAUUUAAUUGGCAUCAGGACUACGGAUAUUGGUACAAUAAUGGAUGUCUCUAUCCCUACAUGGGAUCUGUCUUCAUUGCUUUCGAUAAAUGCGACAAAGAAAAUGGAUGCCUUCAGAUCCUCCCUGGCUCUCACAAAAUGGGUCGGGUUGACCACGUUAAAAUCCAGGACCAGACAGGCGCCGACAUUGAACGUGUCGAGUUCGCCAAGCAAAAACUCGGCCUUCUUCACGUCGAACUGGACGUUGGGGACGCUCUUUUCUUUCACUGCAAUGUUCUGCAUUGUAGCAGUCCAAAUAACAGUGACAGACGGCGUUGGUCAUUCAUUAUGUGCUAUAACAGAAAGGAUAAUGACCCCCUAUGGGUUCAUCACCAUCCUUCUUAUACACCAAUGGAAAUUGUUCCGAACGCCGCGAUCCUGGGAUGUCCGGAUGAAGUGGAUUUGGCGGGAAAAGAUUUCCUAAAUCCCAGAGAACACGAAGCAGUUCCGUUCCAAGAAGAUGAAGAUAACAAAACAGACGAGAAAAAAUAGGAUGGAUGGAGUAUUAAUGAUUAUUUCUUUCAUAUUUGUGUAACCAUCUUCUUUGUAUAUGUUGCGCAAUUGUAAACUAUCAUACAAUAAUUUGAUUUUGGUGCUGUUUAAUUUGAAGUUUACAUGGAGCUAUGUGAGUCGUAAUCGGCUACUGCAUGUCGCAUCAUGAAAAUGAGUAACAAUGUGUGUACCAACAUCGUAAGUAUUUUUACUAUCCAUUGUAUAUCUAAUACAUUAUCAGAUUAUCGAUUCAUGUAUUCAAAGCGGUAUUACUUUGCUUUAUAGUGUUUGCUCUCCUGGAAGUUAGACAAUCUAAAGGUACUCUUUGUAGCAGUGGCAUGAAUAAUCUGAAUGUCGCGGGAGCUAGACAUGGGACACGGGUCAAAUUUUCUAAAAAAAAUUCGAGCGAGCAUAUACAUGUAUUUUGACCCUUUUAAAAUACAAAUUUGAUUACGUUAUAGACCUUGACAUUGUAUUUAGAAAAAAAAAUCGAAUUUCUUUUCCCAUUUCCUUUUUCUUGUCUUCCCUUUUAACCUUAUCUUUCUUGGUCGUGAAUUUUUUUGGGGGGUCGAUGGCCCCAAGCUCCAUCCUUUUUUACGCAUCUGAAAUGCAAUUGAUCCAGGGGUCGUUUCAUAAAGCUGAUCGUUAGUUAGGAGCGACUUUAUAAGAACGACUGGUGAUCCUUUCUUACGCG